AUGUCAGACGCAGCACCUCCAUAUGAGCCCUCUAGCUCGCCUCCAGCUUAUGAGGAGAUUGAAAAGAAGCUUAGUCAGUUGAUUGGACCAAACCCAACAGUUGAGAAAGUCCUUGAAGCUGCCAAAGCCAUCUCACCGACGGAAGCUGAGAUUCUCGUACAGAAUUCCAGCACUAAAUUCCCUCUCAAAACCGAGAAGCAGAAAGAAGAUUUUGCACUGGGCAUCGCUAGUGCCACGUCUUCCGAUGGCUUCAAGCCGCACAUUACCGCCGCUUCGUCGUCCGCGUCCAGGGCUGCAAAGGAAAUUGCUCGUGUUUUCCAGAGCUUGCAUGUCAAGAUCUUGGAGGUGGAUAGAGUUCAUGAAUCUGCAUUUGCCAAGACCCUUUUGAAACAAAAAGAUACGUAUACGGAUCUUCUCAUGGACAGUCGAAAGACAGCAAUGAGAAUUGCGCAGCAAGGAAUAAGCUUUGACGAUAUCGUUAUCAAGUUCUGUGCCGACAAAAGCAUAUCGAUUGAAGAUCGCAAGUCUAAGAUUCAAAAGUUCAUUGAGACCGCCGAGGGAUUCAAGAAGGACUCUACCGAACUUGACGGUAGAUUUCAAGAUCUUAUCACAGCUUUCUCAGAAUUCGUGUCUUCAUUCUCCAGUUGGGCCAAAGAUAAAGAGAAGGAAUUAACUGAAGAAAUCAAGAAGCUUGAGAAAGAGAUCAAAGACUUGAAGAAGAAACUUGUCGACCUCAAGAUUGCUCGAGAUGUGUUUGCACUUGUUGGAGCAAGCAUAUUACCCAUCCUCGCCAUCCUCGUCAAGGUCUUUGAAGGACCAACUGCUAUUCCCAUUCUGAUUGGAGGCCUCAUUGCUGCUGGUGUAUCUAUGGCCAUUGUCAUUGGCCUCCUAGUUGCUAUCCAAUUGGCCCAGCAUGAGCUCGAAGGCAAAGAAAACAAGAAGAAAAAGCUGGAGGAUCAAAAGGCACUCAUUCGGGCUACAAGAGCUGAGCUGGAGGCUCUCGGUAGUCAGUCGCUGCAAUCCUUCAAGCUUUCUGUUGGUGUACUCUCUGGAUACUGGCAGCGUUCUGUGUUGGAUGCUACUGAUAUCAAAGUUUGGCUUGAAGCCGGAGCUCAAGACGCGCACGAGCCGAUAUAUAUGAAAUUGAACUUGACUAAAGCUGUGGCUACAUAUAAGGUUAUGGCGCAGUACAUGCAGGAGUACGCCAGAGGGGUUGAACCCUUGGGAGAGUAG